AUGGCCUCGAAUACUGACUCACAAAAAUUACAAGACGAAGCUUUUUUGGAACGUGUUCGUUUUUUUGAAGAAUUUUUAGAGGCAGAUAAGGAAAGGCUUGGCCUCGAAAAAUUUUACAAGGAUGAGAUCGUUCGAAUGUUACAAAAUAAUGAGAAGCGAUUUAUUGUUAAUCUUAACGAAUUACGUUAUUAUCAUGCAGAAAAUGCUAAAAAGUUAGAAGGAUCACCUAAUGAAUGGAUACCAGCAUUCGAAAGAGCCUUAAAAAACAUAAUAAAAAAUCUUUCGUUGAGUAUUGGUCUAGGAAAUAAUGAUGACGUUGACAAAAGCAUUGAAGAGCAAAAUUACUACAUCGGAUUCAAUGGAACAUUUCAUCAUCACGUUAAUCCGCGAACACUUAAAUCAAUUCAUCUUGGAAAAUUAAUUUGCAUUGAAGGAAUUGUCUCUCGAUGUUCUCUUGUACGUUUGAAACUUGCUAAAAGCGUUCAUUAUUGUGAAAAGACUGGCAAUUUUUGUAGCAAAGAAUACCAUGAUUCUACCUCAAUCGGCAAUCAAGUUCCAUCAUCUUCUGCAUACCCGACGGAAGAUGAAAAUGGAAAUCAACUGACAACAGAAUAUGGAUAUUCGGUGUACCGUGAUCACCAGACAAUUUGUCUUCAAGAAAUGCCGGAAAAAAUGCCACCUGGAAUGUUGACCAGGUCCGUUGAUAUCAUUUUGGACGAUGAUCUAGUAGAUAAAGUUAAACCCGGUGAUCGUAUUCAAUUAGCUGGUUGUUACCGAGCGAUAGGCAAGCCUACUCAGGGAACCGUAAUUAUUGCAAACAAUGUCAUUAUUCUUUCCGGUGAAAUCGGAUAUAAAGCGAUUACUGAUAUUGAUACCGCAAAUAUUGAGAAAAUUUCAAAAAAUGGAAACGUUUUUGAUUUGCUUUCGAAAUCUUUGGCACCUUCGAUAUACGGGCAUGAGAUGAUUAAGAAAGCAAUAUUACUUAUGUUAUUGGGCGGAAAAGAACAAAAUUUGUCUAGCGGAACACAUAUAAGAGGUGACAUUAAUAUCUUAAUGGUUGGUGAUCCGUCAACUUCAAAAUCGCAACUCCUUCGACGUGUUCUCAAUAUAGCACCACUCGCAAUUGCGACUACAGGUCGUGGUUCUACCGGUGUUGGUUUAACAGCAGCAGUUACUAGGGAUAAAGAAACAGGAGAAAAAUGUUUAGAAGCCGGUGCAAUGGUUCUCGGAGACCGAGGUGUCGUUUGCAUUGAUGAAUUUGAUAAAAUGAUUGAUACUGACCGCGUCGCUAUACAUGAAGUUAUGGAACAACAAACCGUAACUAUUGCUAAGGCGGGUAUUCACACUUCUCUGAAUGCAAGGUGCAGUGUGAUUGCCGCAGCUAAUCCUAUUUAUGGACAGUAUAAUAUCCAUAAGGAUCCUUCUCAUAAUAUUGCACUACCAGAUUCAUUAUUAUCCCGUUUUGAUCUUGUAUUUGUCGUAACUGAUGAAAUUAACGAAGUACGAGACAGUUUAAUUUCCAAACAUGUAUUGCGUUUACACGAAUAUCGACCACCUAAUUUGGAAGAAGGUGUUCCAAUUAAAGAAGACUCUGGACAAACCAUUUUUAUGGAAGAGGCCGAGAAGAACACAGAACCGACUCCAGUCUAUAUGCAUUAUGAUUUAUCACAAAAUGAUGGUAACAAUGAUCAAAGGGAUACAAAUUCAGAUCAGACAAAUUUUCUUUCUUCAGAAUUUCUCAAAAAAUAUAUUCAGUACGCAAAAGGUUGUGAGGAACCUAGAUUAGGGAAAGCUGCUGCUGUAUAUCUUUGCGAACUUUGGGUAACUCUUCGUAAUGAGAAGGAGAAAGAUGGAAAGGCAAAGACGUCGCCUUUGACACCACGUGCUUUAGAUUCACUCUUCCGUCUUGCUACAGCUCAUGCAAAGGCGCGUCUUGGUAAACGAGUUACAAUCAAAGAUGCUAAAGUUGCAGAGGAGGUGGUCAGAUUUGCACUUUUUAAAGAAGUUUCAGUUAAAGACCGGCGUAUAUACUUUGUUUGGACGAAAUGA